AUGAUCUCUCCUGACGAGCUUCAUUCGAUUCUUUCUGGAGAUUGGUCUUCAUCACCGCAGCGUAUUGUCCCCGUCGCAGCAGGGCGAGAAGCGGCCCUCACGUCGUUCGAAACAAAGCAUAUCCCAGGCUCCGUGUAUGACUCUUCUUUAUUCUUCAAUAUGGACAAAAUCUGCGAUACCGCUUCCCCGUAUCCGCUGAUGUUACCAACACCAUCCCAUUUUGCAAGCUGCAUGGCCAACCUCGGCAUCCGGCCAGACGAUAUUCUAGUCAUAUUCGACACUCUUGAAGCCGGAAUGUAUUUUUCGGCACGUGCAGCUUGGAUAUUUCGAUAUUUUGGCCAUACCAACGCUCACGUGCUGAACAAUUUUCCCAACUAUGUGGACGGCGGAUAUCCAGUCUCGGGGGGGAAGCUCAUGGCACUCGAGGGCGAAAGAAAGCGUUAUCCCUCGCGAGAACCAGCCAGACCAGAAGAUGCAUUGACAUUUGAAGAGUUGAACGCAUUGCUUCUCUCUGCGAGAAACGGAGCACUGCAGUAUCAAAUCUUGGACUCUAGACCGGCGACGCUGUUCUCAGGGGCUGGCCACAUGCCCUUUGCACUGAAUAUUCCCCUAGGGUCAAUGCUCGAUGAGAAGAGAGCUCUCCUUCCUGCGCCGCGCUUACGAGCGCUGUUUGAAGAAAAGGGCGUGGAUGAGACGUUGCCUGCGAUUUUGUCGUGCAAUUCCGGCACGACGGCUGCCACUUUAGGGCUGGCUUUGCAAGUCAGCGGUUAUAAUAUACGAACACGCAUUUAUGACGGCAGCUGGUCAGAAUGGAGUACGAGAGCCGAUGAAUAUAUGAUUCUUUUGGGUUGA